AUGAAAGAAGGAUUCCGGCAUAGGCACGGAUUAAAGAGGGCUCUGCACCUCCUGCAGGAAAGACAUUGUUGGCUUGCAAAAGAUGCUCACGUUUUCUUUCUUGCCGGAGAGUGGCAGUACGACGUGAUACGAUGGAUUGCCCAGCAGCAGCAACAACAACAGGGGCAUCAGCGUGUGGGACAGCCCAUGACUCCGCAGGGCGUUCAAACGCAAGCAACGAGGCAUUGGGUACAGGUGAGCGAUGAACUCACCUCUAAGAGGCAGUUUAUUGAAGCGACGAUGGGCGCUCCGCAGGAAGACGUCAAUCCUACUAACUCUUUUUACGUUUUUGACGGUGCUCAUCAGGGAACGUCUUUGCGACAGAUAGAGGAGGAUGUCGGCGGUGUGGUAUCCUUUCCUUUUGCGUUGACGGAGGCAGCGUCGUACAUUAGACAUCAGGGACAAAAACAGUCGAAUGACAAACCAAAUGAACUGUUGACAUGUACUAAAUCAGCUGGGAAUGUUUUGACUAACGAGAACGUGAGGGAAAGUGCUUCACUGCAUGAGUUGCGAUUAACAUUUAUGAAUCGACAGACUGUUGACCUUCUUGCUGUAGAUUUUGUGGGGAGAGCGGGGAUGGGAAGAGCACCAGCACACUCUAUUAUGACAAUACACACUCGAGAAUUUCUCGUGGAUGCCAUGGCGUUGGGGGCGCAUCUCCUUCGGCCCUCAGGUGCGUUACUGCUGCGGUUCCCACUCUCUAUGGAGCUGCAUGAUAAACGUUUCACUGCCUCAGUCAGGCAACAUAUGCGUUGGAGUUUUCAGUCGUCUGGCUGUGAGGUUGACAAUGACCAUCUGUACUGCGUAGGCUGUAGGCACACCACAGAGCACCCGAUCACGGCAGAAGCGAAGAUCCCAGUUCCCGGGCUUUUGAAUAGGUCCGUGUUUCGUCCCAGGAGGUGGAACCCACGAAAACGCACAGAUCGGGUUUUUUUUGCGGCUCUGAUGCCGAGCUUUACAGGCGCACCACUUGUGAAGGAGCCGCUGAGUCGUGCAAUUAAGGAGGAGGUGAGUGCAUCUAAAAAGGUUGAAGAAAAGGCAGAUGCGUUAUUUCGUGUGUCGCUUGGAAUGGUUGAGGGAAGUGCGCACCAUAGCAAACGAGAUGACUAG